CUAAAUUUUUUUUGUUUGUCUGGUGGUAUUUCCAUAUAGUUGUAUAUAUAAUACCGCCCACUGUCCACACGUACUAAAAGCCUUCCGACAAUCUUCAACCUUCUCGGCCUCCUGAGUCGUUUGUCGCCAGCAACAGUAUCAUUUACUGCGUGCACCUGCCAAAGGACUUCGUACUAAAUAAUUCACUGGGUUUGGGUCCAAAGGGAGCUUGACACUCGAUUCAAGAACUGGGUCUGGACAGAUCUUGGGGCUGUUUGGACUUUGGAGCUGGAGAGGAAAGGUUCUAGCUUUCGGUCACAGUUCCUUUCUCCAACUCGGAGUCGAAGUAUUACUUGAUAAGGUUUGGUUAUUCGGUCUAGGAUGGAUUCGCCACAGUCUGUUGUUUCGGCAUUCAAGAGCUCUGUUGUUGAGGUUGAGAAACAGCAACCGGACUUCUUUGUCCUGAACUCUGGUUGUCUCUCCAAGGGCAUUGACGCCAAUAGGAGGGAAUCUGGUGGUGGUACCUUGGAGAGCUUUGUUGGCUCUCUUGAGGUUUUCGUGCAUCGAGCGAGGGACAUCCAUAACAUCUGCAUAUACCACAAGCAAGAUGUUUAUGCUAAGCUUUGUUUGACCAGCGAUCCUGACCUUGCUGCGUCUACCAAAACCAUUAAUGGCGGUGGGCAAAAUCCAGUUUUCAACGAUAAUCUUCGGCUCAAUGUACGAACAUUGGAGUGUUCCCUCAAGUGUGAAAUUUGGAUGCUGAGCAGGGUGAAGAAUUAUCUGGAAGAUCAGUUGCUGGGUUUUGCUCUGGUGCCAUUGUCCGAAGUCAUCCUCAAGAAUGGGAAGUUGGAUAAGGAGUUCUCUCUCUCUUCAACUGAUCUCUUUCAUUCCCCUGCAGGGUUCGUUCAUUUGUCGCUCUCUUAUACUGGAGCUUCACCUGAAGUGAUGGCUAUUUCGGCUCCACCCACUGUUUUGGCCACUGAGGCAUCUGUCCAAGAAUCAGAAGUAGCCGAAUCGGACCCAUGUGAGCUUGAUAAGAUCGAGUUUCCAGAUCCAAAGAUUGUUAAUGAGAAUCAGAUGAUGGUUUCCGAGUACUUUGGCAUCCCAUGUGAUAGUUUGGACUCUCGGAACUCUGAGAGCUUGGUUGCCUCAGACGAGAAUCAGCUGAGUUCAGAAAUGGGUGUUCAUGCAGUAGACAGCAUCUCAACAGCCACAGUUCAGUCGGUCCUGCAUCCAGUCCGUGAUUCGCCCCCAAGCAGCGUCUCGACAAAUGGGGUAUAUUCUCCUUCAGUUCCUGCGAGCUCCCAGUCCUCAGAUGCUCCAGUAGCUUCAAAGUAUCCAAGUCAGGAAGAAGAUUCCAAGCCUUCAAAUGAGCAGCAUGUUUCAACCCCAAAAGAUCUGGGCGUGCACAGUGAUGAUCGUGACAGUGCUUCCUCCGGUGGUGCAUCGAGCAAUUCUUCAGCAAAACCUCUUAUCACUGUAAACAUGGAGCCGGAGCAGAAAGUGGUGCAGCAGGAUUUUGUGGACAUGUACAUGAAAAGCAUGCAGCAGUUUACCGAGUCCUUGGCUAAGAUGAAGCUUCCUAUGGACAUUGAGAGCGAGGAACCCAGCCCGGCAAGUUCGACUCCUGAUCAGAAACUGCAGGCAUCAAAGAGUAAUGGUUCCCGUGUGUUCUAUGGGAGUAGAGCCUUCUUCUGAGCUAUUGUUCCAAUAAGCUGAGAUGGAGUGACACGGUGACAGGCUUUAGAGUGAGGACUACUGAUGCUGAUAGUGAACUGUAAUAACUCUUGAUUUAGUGUGGCAUUUCCCUUUGCAUGUUAAGAUGAUUUAGGAUGGGGAUCAUGACGUGUACUUUUAGCAACUACUUUGAUGUUGUCAAUGAUGUCCAUGUAUAAGAAUCAUUUCUCAUU